CUGUGUGCGUGUAAUCAGAAAGGGCGGAGAGAGAGAGAGAGAAAGAAUCAAACCAGAGAGAGAGAGAGAGAAGAGAGAGAAAGAAGAGUGAGAGUAGAGAGAGAAUGUAUUGUAACUAACCUGGGGCAUUGUUUGUCGUUUAACUGGCAUAUGGCAAUGGAUGAAAUAGUCAUUGCCUCUGGAAGCUCAUGCAUUUCAUGCCUCUGAGCUUCUUCGUACAGCUGUGUCCAUGAUUCUCUCAGGUCUUUUUUUGCAGAGCUUGAAGAAGCAGUUUUAAUGGCGGAAAGGUUCUGAGGGAAAAUUUGUUUGUGGGUUUUAGAGGAGGUUUUAAUGUUUCAAAAGAGAGAGAAUGAGAGAGGGAGUGAAGAGAGAGAGAUAUUUAGUACUGUGGUGGGGAACAUAUUUAUGCAGAGAGAGAAAGUGCUGGGUACAGCUGGGUGAAGAAGAGCGAUCGAAGGAAGGGGACUUCAAGAGUUGAGACUCUGAGCAUUUACUGGGUUUUCGGCUGGUUAUAUACGAGUAUGCUUCUAACUCUAAGAUCCAACUGUAACCUAAAGCUUCGGAAUAAUUACUCGUGUCAGAAACCUUUGCCGCACCCGUACAGCUAGCUCUGAAAGAAUAGAGGUAACUGAAAAACCAAAAAGAUUACAUUUGUGAACACUUUGACAAAAUGCCUCGAUUGCCAGAGUUUCUCUCACUUUUGUUCGUAUUCUGCAUUUUCUGGAUAUCUUUGUCUGGAAAACAUGUUUUGGGCAAUGAUGUUCAGGCACUGGUUAAGCUUAGAAGCAAUCUUAAUGGUGCUGCAGUUCCUAAUUGGUUUGAACGAGAUUUGCCCCCCUGCAACUGGACUGGUAUAAGUUGCAUCGGCUUUGAAGUUCUCUCCAUAAACCUAGCCUUUGUGCAAUUGGGUGGUAGUAUUCCUCCUGUUAUUGGUGAUUUCAAGUCGUUAAAGUACCUUAAUUUGAGCAAUUGUGGACUUACUGGGGAUAUGCCCAUAACCCUAUGGAGUUUGGAGAAGCUGGAAAGCUUGGAUCUUGGCUCUAAUGAGUUAAAUGGGUCAAUAACUCCUGCAGUCUCAAAUAUGAAGAUGCUCAGAGAGCUCUCCCUUGGCUUUAACCGAAUGUUUGGGGCCCUUCCUCAUGGUAUUGGCAAUUUUGCCCAACUUACUAAGCUCUCAUUGCCCUCAAAUUCCUUUUCUGGAGACUUGCCAUCUGAGAUUGGGAAUUUGAAGAACUUGGGUUAUCUUGAUUUGAACAGUAAUUUGUUUUCUGGUGAGAUUCCGCUGAAUUUGGCGAACCUUUCGAGGCUUUUGCACCUUGACUUGAGCCACAAUAGCUUCACUGGUCCUAUCUUUCCAGGAAUUGGGAAACUUACUGGAUUGCUUACAGUUGAUUUUUCCGACAACUCUUUGACUGGAAAAAUUCCACCUGAAAUUGGUCAGCUCACGAGUUUGCAGUCCCUUUGGAUUGGCAUGAACAACUUUAAUAGUGAGAUUCCCUCUGAAAUUGGAAAUUUGAUGGAAUUGAAUGUGCUUGAUUUACGACAAUGUGGCCUUGUGGGUCAGAUUCCGGCAGAGCUUGGAAAUCUAAGGAGUUUAACGGUAGUGGAGCUUUCGGAGAACCAAUUCGAAGGACAGUUACCUCCAAGCUUUGGCAAGCUGAGCAAUCUGAUUUUUCUGCUUGCUACUAAUGCAGGACUGGGUGGGUAUAUACCUGAGGAAUUGGGAAAUUGCAGGAAACUCGAAUCACUCGAUUUGUCUUUCAAUUCCUUUUCAGGUAGCUUGCCUGAUAGUCUCAAAGAGCUUGAAUCAAUCAGAACAUUUAUAGUAGAAGGGAACUAUCUCACAGGUCCCAUUCCUCCAUGGAUUUCACACUGGAAAGUGGUGAAUGCUUUGAGGCUUGGGAAGAACCUCUUUGAAGGCCCUUUGCCUCCUUUAAUUGGUAGCCUUCAGUCCCUUGUGACCUUUUCCUGUGAUGCCUGCAAAUUUUCAGGGGAGAUUCCAUCAGAGAUAUGCAACGUCACAGGAUUAAAUCAUCUUUCUUUUGCUGAGAAUCGAUUCAUUGGCAGCAUAGAUAACACUUUCAGGGGUUGCCAUAACCUUACUGAUCUGAAUUUGGCAGGAAACAACCUUUCUGGUGUGCUCCCCAGUUACCUUGGUGAGCUUCCUCUGGUCACUCUCGACUUCUCUCACAAUGGUUUUUCAGGAAAGAUACCUGGUGAGUUUUGGGCCUCUCAAACGCUCCUUGAAAUAGCACUAAGCAAUAAUCAGCUUGUGGGCCAGAUUCCGGCUGCAAUUGCUAAUCUGUCCAGUAUUGAACAGUUGCUUUUGGAUAAUAAUUUUUUGGAAGGAGGGAUCCCUAGAGAGAUAGGGAUGCUAAAGAACCUCACCACUCUAUCACUUCAUGGCAACCAGCUAACAGGUGAAAUCCCACCUGAACUCUUCGACUGUGUCAAUCUGGUGGCCCUUGACCUCGGUUCAAAUGGCCUCUCGGGCCCAAUUCCAAGAAGGAUAUCUCAGCUUGGGCUUCUUGACAAUCUGGUGCUCUCUUAUAACAAGCUUUCAGGCCCGAUUCCUGGUGAGAUUUGCUCUGGUUUUCAGCAGGUUGCUCCUUCUGAUUCUGAGUAUAGCCAGCACUAUGGUGUGUUGGAUCUCUCUUGGAAUGAAUUUUCUGGUGGGAUUCCUGUAGAGAUUCGGCAAUGCAUAGUCGUGGUUAAUUUAUGUUUGCAAGGAAACAAGCUUAAUGGUAGCCUACCUGAAGGCCUUGGUGACUUGCCCAACCUUUCUCAGCUUGACCUUUCCUUCAAUUCUCUCUCUGGACCCAUCCCGCCUCAUGUCUCAACCUCGAAGACUCUUCAAGGCCUCUUUCUUUCACAUAACCAGUUAUCAGGUCCUGUACCUGACCAACUGGGCUCGGUCUCAAGCCUUGUGAAGCUUAACCUCUCGUCAAACCAGCUAGAUGGUCCCUUCCCCUUAGCCAUUUCCCAUCUCAAGAAACUGACUCAUUUGGACCUUAGCAUGAACCAACUAACUGGACCCAUCUGGUCAAGUGGGAUUCUUGGUAGUGGCUCAUUGCAGGUCCUGAACGUGAGUCACAAUGAGCUCACUGGUCCGCUACCUAUGAGCUUGGCAAACCUGACAGCCAUGUCAGUUCUCGACCUCCACUCAAAUAACCUUAGCGGCACCCUCCCCUCCGACCUCUCGAACCUUGCCACCCUCUCCUACCUCGACAUCUCCGAUAACCAUUUUGAGCUCACAGUCACCCCAGAUAUUUGCAGCUACCUGGGCAUCCCCUAUGUCAAUUUUUCAGGCAAUAACAAUAACUUUGAGGGCAAUAUCCACGAGGGCUGUGUGAAGGGGUCCAUUGCAAGAGGCGAAUCUCUGGGCAUGUACCCAUCGUUAAGUCGACCAGCAAUAUGGGGCAUCUCUCUCGGCUCCACCACCCUCUUCCUCUUCAUCAUUAUUGCUAUUCUCAAGUGGCGUAUGAUUCGACAUGAGGCCCCCCUUGCUCUCUUGCCCAAGGUCGAUAACAUUGGCCUUGCAUGGCCUCCAGUGAAGAAGGCUCGGGAGGAGGCUCCAAGCAUCAAUGCAGCCAUGUUCGAGCGUCCUCUCAUGCGUCUGAUGCUAGCUGAUGUAUUGGUUGCGACUGAUAACUUCAGCAAGACACGAAUAGUUGGCGACGGUGGUUUUGGCACUGUGUACCGAGGAUCUCUCUCUGAUGGCCAUGUCGUUGCUGUGAAGCGGCUUGAUGGGGCACAAGUGCAGGGUGACCGUGAGUUCAUCGCAGAGAUGGAGACUGUCGGCAAGGUGCGCCACCGCAACUUGGUCCCUCUCUUAGGCUACUGUGUAUCAGGUGAUGAGAGAGUUUUAGUAUAUGAGUAUAUGGAGAACGGGAGCCUGGACUUGUGGCUUAGGAACCGUGCCGAUGCAGUGGAGGCCCUCGAUUGGCCUGCAAGGCUGCGCAUAUGCAUCGGUGCUGCACGUGGGCUUGCCUUCCUCCACCAUGGGUUUACCCCAAGGGUGGUGCAUCGCGACAUCAAGUCAAGCAAUGUGCUGCUUGACUCCAAUCUUGAAGCUAGGGUGUCAGACUUUGGGCUCGCGCGCCUGAUGAGCGCAUGUGACAGCCACGUGAGCACACAGUUGGCAGGAACGUUUGGGUACAUUCCUCCCGAAUAUGGGUUGACAAUGAGGGCAAGCGCCAGGGGGGAUGUAUACAGCUUUGGAGUGGUGAUAAUGGAGUUGCUGACAGGCAGGCCAGCAACAGGGCAGGAGGAGAGGGAGGGGGGGAAUUUGGUGGGGUGGGUGAGGGGGAUGGUGAGGAAGGGUUUGGAGGAGGGGACAUUGGAUGAGGGGGUGGUGGAAGCAGGGCAGUGGGCAGGGCAGAUGGUAAUGGUGCUGCACCUGGCGGGGCGCUGCACUGAUGACGACCCCACCAGGCGGCCCACUAUGCUGGCUGUGCUUGAGGGGUUAAAGGAGAUUGCCUUGGAUGACACUGAUGCAAGGGUGGCUUAGCGGUGCGUUUCUGGUUUAUGUGGUGGAGAUUUGUUCGUGUAGGAUGUGUUUUAAUUAUCACAUUUGUAUAUUACGAUGGUGUUUGAAUGUUGGUAAAAGACUGUUGCGAGAGAGAGAGAGCCAGAGUACACGGUAGGCUACUACAAAUAAACUAAGAGAGAAGUAUAUUUUGGAACAAGAGGCAGGGUAUAUUAGAGUGAGAGAUAUGCAGGUAUUGUAAUGUUCCGAAGGAUGAGAAUAUAUAUAUAUUUUUUUUAAUUCAUUGGGGAGGAUAGCCCCUAAUCAUUUUUUCAA